CUACUGCUGCUGUGAUCUGAUCGCACUGAUGGGUCAUUUAACUGCCUCUCAGAACUCAGCCUGUUUCUCGGGGUCUUUACCGUGAAAGAUGGUGCGACGGUGAACUAACAUGGAAAGGAAAAACCCCAUUUAGUAUUUUUUUUUUUUAAACUCAAGUGCAUAUCCGAAGAGAGGACUGGCGAAGAGUGCAUAGUCAUGCUUUUGUUUGGGAGGAUCGGAGCUGGAAACUGGACGAUUUUAUGUUUCGCAACAAUGUUGCUGCGGCACCAGAGCGAAUUAUAAAAUAAACCUUUAAAAUGGCAAUAUUUUUUCAUCGACAAAAGACAAACAGAAUUAAUGUAUGUCACGUUUGGAUUUUUUUGCGAUUAACACAUUGCAUUUUUGGAUGUUUUUGCAAUUAAUGAAAUGCUACAUUAAUCUGAACAUGAAGGACAAUCGGUAAUAAUUCAAAUUUUUAAGGAACAAACCGUUUUCGUAAUACUACAUACUCUGAAAUAGUUUAUAUGUUUGCUUUAAGCUUAUUUAAUACAGAUAACUAAGUGAUCGAUGUGAUGGGUGGCAAUGUGAUGUUGAUAUACUAUAUUUUAUUACGCAUAACCGUAAGUGAACAAAAUUUGGUAAAUCAAGCUCUCAAAAGAAUGCAGAUGCAUUUGUUAAUGCAGAACAUCUCCUAAGUUCAUGCUGCUUUUGACAAGUUCCUCAGCAAAUGGCUUCGUUUUCGGACAGCGAUUUGCAAACAUGUUCACUUUGCAAAGAGCUCUGUGGGUCCUCUGCUGCAGUCUCCUGCAGCUCGUCUACCUCAUCCUCCUCUUCCCAGACAUCUGGCUCCUCUACCUCCUCUGCUAGAAGGCUGCAUGUUCUCCCCUGCUUUCACUCCUACUGCAGCCAGUGCCUGGAAGGACAGCGCGACAACAGCGAUCCUCUUAAGCUCUCCUGCCCAGAGUGUGACCAGAAGGCUCCAGUCUCCGAUUCAGAUGUAGACACCCUGCCAUCACCAAGUUUCCUCUUCAGAAACCUGUUGGAAGCAAUAGUCUCCUCUGAGGAGCCGAGGAACGCGGGCUACAGGAACGAUGGCCAACCUCAGGGUGGCGUGCUUAGGGCUUAUGGCCAAGAUGAGCCCCAGUGCCUUUCCUGCGACGAGGGCAACCCUGCUGCCUCGCGCUGCCUGGACUGCCAAGAGUACCUCUGCAGCAACUGUGUCCGUGCCCACCAACGGGUCCGCUUGACCAAAGACCACUUCAUGGAGAGGCUCGUGAAGAGCUUAUGCCUGGCCCGCCAGAAUAAUAAUUCCAGCACACCAGUCAAUGUGUCGCACUCCUUUCACCCAAAAUAUCCACCACCUCCUGCUUUCCAGGACAGGAUGAGUUUCUGCCAUGACCAUGACAAUGAGGUGCUGUGCCUUUUCUGUACCACAUGCUCCCUGCCCAUCUGCCAAGCGUGCGGCGCAGGUCGCCAUGGAGACCACCACCUCAUCUACCUCCACGACGCCAUGCGGGACUGGCGAGCUGUGACGGUGCAGCUCCUGGCAGACGCCCAGCAGGGCAGGAGGGCUGUACAGCUGAGCAUCGAGAAGGCCCAGGCCAUCGCAGAGCAGCUGGACAUAAAGGCCAAAGUGGUCCAGGCCGAAGUGAAAACCAUCACCCAGCAGCACAAGAAGGCGUUGGAGGAGAGAGAGUGUGAGCUGCUGUGGAAGGUGGAGAAGAUCCAGCAAGUCAAGGUGAACACCCUGUACCUGCAGGUGGAGAAGCUGCAUCAGAAGCUGAGCAGGCUAGACAGUAGCAUCUCAGCAGUACAGCAGGCUGUGGAGCAGGGCCGCGGCCUGGAAGCCCUGCUGGCCCGACAGGGCAUGCUGGCACAGAUUGAGGAGCUGAAGACCCUGUGUGGCAGUGGCCUGCAGCCCCAGGAGAAUGAGUGCAUCAUGUUCACGCCGCCUGACCAGAAGCUGCUCGUCUCCAUCCGGUCCAUGGGCUUUGUCAGCGGGGGGGCCUUUGCCCCCAUCUCCAAAGCCACAGGAGAUGGUCUGAAGAGGGCCCUCAAGGGCAAGGUGACAUCUGUCAAUGUGGUGGCCUACGGCCAUGACAGCGAGCCUAGAAGGUCAGGUGGGGAUGACAUCGCCGCCCUGCUGGUGGGCCCGGACGGGAAGAUCUUCACUGCAGAGGUAACCGACCACGAGAAUGGCACCUACACGGUGAGCUACGUACCCAGGCUGGAAGGGGACCACCUCCUCUCUGUGCUCAUCUACCACCAGCACAUCGCCAGCAGUCCCUUUAAAGUCACGGUCAGAUCUGGCCGCAGCUACAGGAGCAUGGGGUUUCCCGUCGGCUCCUUUGGAGGGGAGGGCGAUGGUGACGGCCAGCUGUGCCGACCUUGGGGCAUCUGCGUGGAUAAGGAAGGCUACGUUGUGGUGGCUGACCGCAGCAACAACCGCAUCCAGAUCUUCAAGCCCAGCGGCGCUUUCCAUCACAAGUUUGGCACGUUGGGCUCGCGGCCGGGUCAGUUCGACAGGCCAGCUGGGGUGGCCUGCGAUGACCAGAGGAGGGUGAUCGUGGCAGAUAAAGAUAACCACCGUAUUCAGAUAUUCACCUUCGACGGACAGUUCCUCCUGAAGUUCGGAGAGAGGGGAGCCAAAAAUGGCCAGUUCAGCUACCCGUGGGACGUCGCUGUUAACUCGGAAGGCAAAAUCUUAGUCUCUGAUACUCGCAACCACCGCAUCCAGCUCUUUGGGCCUGAUGGAGCAUUCUUGAACAAGUACGGCUUUGAGGGUGCCCUCUGGAAGCACUUCGAUUCACCCAGAGGUGUUGCCUUCAACCAUGAGGGUCACCUAGUGGUCACAGACUUUAACAAUCAUCGGCUGCUGGUCAUCCAGCCCGAUUGCCAGUCGGCACGCUUCCUGGGCUCGGAGGGAUUGGGUGACGGGCAGUUCUUUCGGCCACAGGGGGUCGCCGUGGACCAGGAAAACCGAAUUAUCGUGGCCGAUUCACGAAACCAUCGCAUCCAGGUGUUUGAGGCUAACGGUAGCUUCUUAUGCAAGUUUGGGAGUCAUGGAGAUGGCUUCAGGCAAAUGGACCGGCCAUCUGGAAUAGCCGUUAUGCCCGAUGGAAUUAUUGUUGUGGUUGACUUUGGGAAUAAUAGAAUCCUCAUGUUUUAAACCCCAUUUUCAGUACAAAUAGGAGUAAAAACAGGGGAACGAAAAGGCCAGGGACAGAGAAAAUAGUUUUGAAAUCCUAAUUAAGGAUUCAGGCAAAUGGAAAAGCAAGUAGAAUAAACAUAGCAAAACCAAAAAUGCUCCAGGUGUGGAGAAGCCUUCACCCACACCUCAUCCUGAUCUCCUCUGAAGCUCCUCCCAGGUCUCCCCCUGUAAGAUCCCAAUAGCACAACCCGAGCCAACUAGUCGCCCGUAGGCACAGGUGAUUGGUCAGCUGGAAUGACAUGUGAUCAUCUGCAUCUCCUGACAGUCACCACAGCUGAAACAAAUCUCAAAAUUCUUGAGCCAGAAAUCAAUUGAAUCUUUAAAAGAUUAGUAGUAAUGAAAGCAAUUUUUUACGGUAUACAUCAACGGAAGGAAGUUUUGAUUCAGGGAGUUUCCUACGAUUUGAGAAUUAAUUAUAUAUUCAUAAAUGUUUUUUAGGGGUAAAUGAAGAAUUUAAGAAUUUCAGAAUUUAAUGUUCGGAAAAAGAAAAUUGUAUUGAAAUGACUAAUGUCAUGAGGUACUUUCCACAUGUAGGACUGAUUUGCCAUCAGUGUUUCCUAAACAUAAUAUCGCAAAAUUUCUCAGGGAGAACCUUCAGGACUUUGGAUUUCUGUACGAUGGCUACCUCACCUCGCCCACUUAUGAAUGUAUUUGCGUUGUCGUGAAGGCGUGUAAAGAUGGCUUAUAGGGAAAGAAAAGAAUCCUACCUCAGUGUUUUCCCGUAUCAAAAUAAUAGUUUGGUUGAUAUUUGCACAGCUCACAAUGGUAGACUGAACUGUUACUGUAAAUUGUAGUUUAAAGCAGCUAAAUCCUUGCUGAAAGGAUUCAAAAAGUUUAAUUCAUAUAUAGUAUUC